UCGUCUUUACACACUUUUGCACUGUGUUUUUCAACAUUUAUUGAGUUGUAUGAUAAUCAAGACUGUGUCAUGAUUAGUUAGUAUGCAAGAAGAACGACACAAAGUAUCUCAUACUUUAUCAUAUUCAGAUUAAAAAGAUGAUGGCUGCAAAUGGAAAUUACUUGAUUUCAACAUAAUUUCAAAUUUUGACAGUGAACUUGUUGUUGGUUUCUUUGAAAUAUCAUAAAAAUUCAUCUGCUUGACAGUAAAAGUUCGCAUCUAGUUUUCAUUGUGAAACAUGCAGCUGACAAGUUGCAGAAGAAACAAACGUUACAAAAAUGCAUUGCUGAAGUGGCAAAAAAUUGAAAAGAUUUCAUGGAAAGAAAACUUUUACUAAAGCACUUGGUAGGAGGGGUGGUUAUUUUAUGACAGAGUCAAGAGGGGGUGAAUGCUUUAACAAAAGCAAUUUAGAGCAAGGAUGGUUACUUCAUAAGUUGAAGAAGUUAUGAAAUAUGUCCUUUGUAAUCAUUGGUUCCCUGUUGUUUGUCUUUGUUCUCCAGUUCAUGAAUGACAUGAUCAUUAAAUGAUUGGUGUUAACAGUUGCAUCAUAAUUGGUUAUUUCAAAAGUUAGCAAGAUAAUGAGAGACAAAGUUGGCUUGAUUGCUAAAAAAAUGUGUCCAGCAAACCUUGUUUGUAUCAUAUACAACCAUCUUAACCAACUGUGUUUUUUGUCAGUUGUAAAGAGAUUUUGAUGCUAUGCUGUACUUAUGUAAGAUGUCAUUUCGUAUGCUACCUGUGGACACAUACUGGCGUUUGACUGAGGAUGUGGUCUUUCCUUGUUAUGUAUUUGCUGUGGUCUUUGGUUUUACAUUACUGGCUGUUUGUGUUCUUGAAGAAUGGAGUGGUAAUGAUUUUAUUUCAUGGUGGAAAAAUGUUCAUACUUCGUUGAAAAGACGUCCUGAAGUCGUUUAUCAUCUUGUACAAACAUUCUUCUUUACCUUUAUGGCCGUAACUACGUUGAGAUUUAAGUUUUUAUGGAUGCCACAUAUUUGCAUUGUCGCCGCAGGAAUAAUUUGUUUGCAGGAUUUGUGGAGCUUUCUCUUGUCGAAAAUUUACCUGACAUGUGCAAAGGCUAAAAUUGGAAGUUCCUUGGUUCCGAUAAUUUUGAUUGUUUUGGUGUUGUGUCAGAGUAGAUUUGGCUUUGGAAAUUAUGAGGGAAGAAGAGCAUUGUAACCAUUGCCUUUUAGAAGACCAGCUUCAGAGUGAAAGCGUGGAACGCAGAAUCAUAUAUGUAAAUUAACAAUUACUCACAUCUUGCUGGUUAACCACGUACCUCAAUCGCAUUGCUAUGAAUGUUUAUACAAAACUCAACACUAACUUCUAUGUAACUACUAAAUAGAGUUAAUUGCAUAAAUAUUGAGACGAAAGUGGGGUGCUUUAUUGGGAAGUCUGACUCUUAUUGAGACAAAACUGCUCUAAUUUAAAGGCAAUAAAUAUUUGAGGAAAAAUACUAACAAAA